GGAAAAGCUGCGGACGAUACUGUGCAAACGGAUUUGCAAGAGGAAAUUGACAAACGUGGUGAUAUUCUUUACGUUGAUUCGAUUGAUACCUACAGGAAUAACACUCGUAAGUUUGUUCAUUCAAUACUCUUCGGUUUCGAACCGGGGAAUGGAUGUCAGUCCCCUGAGUUCGUGCUCCUGAUCGACGACGAUUACAUGGUGCACAUUGGUGGGCUCCUUCAUCAUCUUUCCGAGGAGAACCACUCACUUCACCUGUAUGAAGGGUGGAUGUUCAACACGUCACCGUUCCGAUUCCGCCUACAUAAGCAUUCGGUGUCACUGAAAUUGUAUCCCUUUGAUCGAUAUCCACCGUAUAUAUCAGCUGGAGCAGUGUUGAUGUCACGAAACACUGUUGCUCACUUCUACUAUGCAUUGCAGUUUGUCAGGAUCUAUCCCUUCGAUGAUAUCUACGCUGGAAUUCUGGCAUAUCUCUUACAAAUUCAUCCACGACAUAAUGAGGCAUUUGUAUUCUGGACUCGAACCAUAAAUGCUGAAGAAUGGAAACGUGGAGAUGUCUUGGUUGCUCACGGAUAUUCUCCUGAUCAGAUGAUCCAUGAGUAUAACGAUGCGCUGCGUUUACUGUAG